AUGAGGGUGGAGCUCAAGAGGAGGGCACGCGGCCCAUUGUUGACGCCUCUGGCCCCGCCCACCGUCCUCCGGCGGGUGGACUCUCACUGGCCGUGGCCAGUGUCGCCCGAGGGAAGGCCUGGGUGGGCCGCUCCCCACAACCGUCCCCUGCCCUUCCCGUCCGGGGCCUCCUCGGGCACCGCCACCGACUGCUGUCCCCCUCGGCGGCCACCUCACGCCGGGCCCCGUUGCCCUCGGCCUCCCGUCGGCGGCAGCGGGCUAGGUGGCCGCCACCUUCGCCUCCAGCGUCGCCGCAGCCCUGUCUGUCGCCUCCCCGGUGAGGUACUCCCUGGUGCCAUGUCCGCCUCCGGAGAUGGAGGCCAGGCCCCGGGUGGCCAGGAGAACCCCAUGGAUGAGGCGGGGGCCCCGGCGGCCGGAGGGGGCAACGAGGUGGCCGGCGGCGAGGCGGGGGCCGGCAGUGAUGGAGUAGCCAGGGGCGAUGCGGUGGCCGCUGGAGACGGAGUGGCUGGUGGCGAUGGGAUGGCCGGAGACGAAGCGGUCGGUGGCGACGGGGUGGCCGGAGACAGAGAACGGGUGGCUGGAGACGGAGAGGCAGUGGCCGGAAAUGGAGACUGGGAGGCCGGAGACGAGGACAGAGUGGCCGGCGGAGAUCGGGUGGGCGGAGGUGGAGUGGCCGGCGGAGAAUGGGUGGCCGGAGAUGGAGACUGGGAGGCCGAAGACGAAGACAGAGUGGCCGGCGGGGAUUGGGUGGGUGGGGGUGGAGUGGCCGGCGGAGACUGGGCGGCCGGAGGUGGAGACGGAGUGCCCGGCGGAAACUGGGGGGCCGGAGAUGGAGAGGCCGGCGGAGACGGGGUGGCCGGAAACGAAGCGGCCGGCGGAGACUGGGUGGUCGGAGCAGGAGUGGCCGGUGGAGACGAGGUGGCCAGAGGUGGAGAUGGAGUGGCCGGAGGCGGAGACGGAGGGGCCGGAGGCGGAGACGGAGACGGAGGGGCCGGAGGCGAAGACGUGGUGGCCAUGGGCAACAGAGUGGCCGGAGGCGGAGUGGCCGGAGGCGGGGAUGGAGUGGCUGGAGACGGAGUGGUCGGUGGUGGAGACAUGAUGGCCAUGGGCGACAGAGCGGCCGGCGGCGGAGACGGAGCGGCCGAUGGAGGAGACCGAGUGGCUGGAAACGGAGUGGCCGGUGGUGGAGACGGAGCGGCCGAUGGAGGAGACGGAGCAGCCGGUGGCGGAGACGGAGCGGCCGGUGGCGGAGACAGAGCCGCCGAUGGCGGAGACGGAGUGGCUGGAGACGGAGUGGCUGGUGGUGGAGACGGAGCGGCCGAUGGAGGAGACGGAGCAGCCGGUGGCGGAGACAGAGCGGCCGAUGGCGGAGACGGAGUGGCUGGAGACGGAGUGGCUGGUGGUGGAGACAUGAUGGCCAUGGGCAACAGAGUGGCCAGCGGUGGAGACGGAGCGGCCGAUGGCGGAGACGGAGCGGCCGGGGACUCCGGGCCCCACCCUGCCGAGGCUGCCGUUUCGGCCGCGCCUGCGGAAGGCCUCGGGGAGGAGGCGGUGGGCCCCGAGGGCGGGAAUGCCUUCGAGGCUGGCGAGGACUCGGACUUCGGGCCGGCAGACGAGGACGGGGCGGAAGAGCCCGAGGCCGCCGGGGACGUAAUUGUGGACGCCCACCAUUUCCCAAUGGUGGGAUUCCGCUUUACGUUCCUGGAGCUGGUGCAUUCACUGCUACACCUCGUCCACUACAACAACCACAUCCUCGUGCGGCCCCGGCCUCUGCAGCUCAACAUUCCCCCUGCGCCCCCAGCGGCGACUGCGGCCCACGAGGCCCAGGGCACGUCGUCGUCGUCCUCGGAGGAGGAGGCUACCUGGGAGACCGCGGAGGAGCCUGACGAGGAGGAGCCGGUGGCCACAGAGGGAACAACAAACUAUCAGCAGGAAAACCCUGAUAAGGAGGCGCAAGUCUCGGAGAGCGGGGAAGAAGAGACGUUUAACAAACACCAAGAAGGAUCUCACUGAAAAGCAUUUGGACCCACCACAGAACAGGCCCAAAAAAUCCAGCUGGGAGGAACAAAACGAGAUGAAGAAAAGAAAGAAUCUGUUCAUUGUUUCUGGUUUCUCAUUUUCUAGAAGCGCAUGGGAAUUUUAUUAACACUGACGUCAUUCCAAACCGCAUCCCCCAAAGAGUGACAUCCAAUGAAAUCUGCCUUUUCUGUUACACUUGACAGAUACGUUUGACAGCAUGUGUUCUCAUCAAAAAUAAGUUUGUUUUAAAGGAAUAAACUGGAAGGAAGACAGAUUUUAUGUAGAGAAAUCAUUUUAACUCCAGUCUUUUACCUCUUUGUUUUGACGCACCAUGCCUUCAUUAAAAGGUAUCACUGCCUACCA